AUGGAGCUUCUGAAGAUCCUACCCUGGCGUCGUGCUGUGCUGGCUGUGGUUCUGAACCUGCUGGCCCUCAGCCUGUCCACAACAGCCCUGCUGGGCAGCUAUUGGUGUGUCGGGACUCAGAAAGUUCCCAAGCCAUUAUGUGGGAAGACGAAGAAUACCAAGUGCAUCGGUGUCCCCAUGCCUGCUGAUGGAGGGGCUGGCAAUUCCUCUUCACCAUCCCAGGAUGUGGUGCACUAUAGCUGGGAGACUGGGGAUGACCGCUUUGCCUUCCGGUACUUCCACACAGGCAUGUGGCUUUCCUGUGAGGAAAACAUAGAAGGCUCAGACGAGAAAUGUCGCAGCUUCAUUGAACUUUCACCUCCAGCAGAGAGAGGCAUCCUCUGGUUGUCACUUGGAUCAGAGAUGGUUUACAUCAGCUUACUGCUCAUUAGCUUCAUCCUCCUGCUGGUGGAGAUGUUGUACACUGGAAACCCAGUCUGUGGGCUGAAGCUCAAUGCCUUUGCUGCUGUCUCCUCUGUAUUGUCAGGCCUACUUGGAAUGGUGGCUCACAUGAUGUACAGUCAAGUUUUCCAGGCAACAGUUAACUUGGGGCCCGAGGACUGGAGACCACACUCAUGGGACUAUGGCUGGGCCUUCUAUAUGGCCUGGGCCUCCUUUACCUGUUGCAUGGCCUCCGCUGUCACAACCCUGAAUACAUACACCAAGACGGUGCUGGAGUUCAAACGCAACCACGAGAAAGCCUGUGAUGGCAGCUUCACGACCGAUCAGUCUCAACAUCACCAGUGCUUCAUGCCGCCGCAGUACCACCACAGAGAGCAACUGGGUGGCUACUACCAGCACCAAGACAAACCUCCCCGCUCAGUCUCUGAGGGUGUCGACUUCUACUCUGAGCUGCAGCAGAAAGUGCUACAGAGGGAGCCCGACCUAGAGCUGAAUGAGGUCCUGGGAAAGUCCGUUGGGGAGGAUCCCUGUUAG